AUGGCUGGUGAAAUGGUAAUGGCAGCUUGUCUAUUCGCAUUGUUACUUGUGGUACCGGGAUUGGAUGGAUCCUACCGAAGUGCUCCCGGACAGGAGAAUGUGUUCCCACAUGCGCUAACAAAUGUUCAUUCUCUAGAAGAAAGAGGUCAAUUUAAAGCGUCUCAGGAAUACAAUGAGCAUCACCAUGUCGCACAGUAUCACCAAUCGGAGGUCGCUCAGCCUCAUCAUCCGCAUCAAUUGUAUCGCCCAGUGCAGUCCGAACAGCAGCAGCAUCAUUUCCAACCGCAUCAGCAGUACCUAGUUCAGUCUACGUACAAUGUUGGAUCUCACCAAGAGCACCCGAUUGCCCAAUCUCACCCUCAGCAGAGUAAACAACGCCAUACGGCACUGCCGUACAACAAUCAGCGUUUACACGUGAAGGUCGAUCACGCGGCAGCAUCGCAUGGUUUCGCCCAUCCCAUUGAUCCGGCGGCGCAACAUCUGCGACAGCAGCUGGCCCAAGAACCGAAGAAGGACUACCGUGCACUGAUCCCGAAAAGCAUCGCUCCGAAGCUUAACCCACUGCACCAUUCCUUUCAUCAGAAGCGUAACUUUGUGCCGCUGCAUCACAUCACGCGACAGGUGCCACUACCGGCGGCAAAGCCGAUCCAACCGCAACAUCACUCCAGCGGACAAUCUCAGCCUGUUCAGGCUGCACUUGCCGCUCCACCACCGAAACACAUUUCCGGAUAA